AUGAAGUAUUCUUCUUCCAUCUUACUCACAUCUUGGUCCAUUUGUGCUCAAUUCUUUUCUCUCUUCACAAUCAACACACUAUGCUUUACACCAAAUGCAGCAGCUUUUACAUCAGGAAAUGAGACUGAUAAUCUAGCAUUGCUGAAAUUCAAGGACUCCAUAACCGAUGAUCCACAUGGAAUCUUCCUCUCCUGGAAUACUUCUACUCACUUUUGUAACUGGUAUGGAGUCACAUGCAAUUCCAUGUUUCAAAGAGUCACACACUUGAACUUGCAAGGAUACAACUUGAAGGGAUUCAUAUCUCCCCAUGUAGCCAAUCUUUCUUUUAUGACAGAUUUCAACAUUGCAAACAAUAGCUUCCAUGGAAAAAUCCCACAAGAGUUAGGAUUAUUGUCACAGUUACAGAAACUCUCUCUUCUAAAUAACUCCUUAGUAGGUGAAAUUCCUACAAAUUUGACAGGUUGUGCUCAUCUCACAACUUUACUCUUGAAUGGGAACAAUCUCAAUGGAAAAAUCCCUGUUCAAAUUGCUUCACUUCCAAAGCUUCAACUUUUGGCACUUUAUAGCAAUCAAUUCACAGGGGGAAUUCCAUCAUUCUUAGGAAAUAUUUCAUCACUGAUUCGUCUCUCUGUGGCUUCAAACAAUUUAGAGGGAAAUGUUCCACAGGAAAUAUGUCGUCUAAAAAGCUUGACGCUUCUUUCAUUUAGUGAGAACAAACUCAGUGGAACAAUUCCCUUGUGUGUCUAUAAUAUGUCAUCUCUUACUGUGAUCUCAGCUACAGAAAAUCAAUUUAAUGGCUCUUUUCCACCCUACAUGUUUAACACCCUAUCCAAUCUCCAAGUAUUUUAUUUUAAUCUCAACCAAAUCUCAGGCUCAAUCCCACCAUCCAUCACAAAUGCAUCUAAUCUUUCAAUAUUUGAAAUUGGUGGAAACAGCCUCACUGGUGGAGUUCCAAGCAUGGGGAAGCUACAAGAUCUUUAUUAUUUUGUUGUUGAUAAAAACUUUCUAGGUGAAAGUUCAAGUAAUGAUUUGGUGUUCUUAGAAUCAUUAACAAAUUGUACUAAGUUGAAUGUCUUAGAUAUAGCCUACAACAAUUUUGGAAGCCAUUUGCCAAAUUCUUUGGGCAACUUAUCCACUCAACUCACUCAACUAUAUUUUGGAGGUAAUCAGAUAUCUGGAGAAAUUCCUGCAGCACUUGGAAAUCUAAUUGGCUUAAGUAUUUUGGCACUGGAAUAUAACUUUGUCAGUGGGAAAAUCCCAACAACUUUUGGAAAGUUUCAGAAAAUGCAGAUGUUAAAUUUGGGCUCAAACAAGCUUUCAGGAGAUAUUAAAUCCUGGAUUGGCAAUCUUAGCCAAUUGUUUCAUUUGGAAAUAGGAGAAAACAUGUUACAAGGAAACAUUCCACCAAGUGUAGGAAACUGUCAAAAGUUACAAUACUUGGACAUUUCCAAUAACAACCUUUCAGGAAUCAUACCCAUAGAGAUUUUUCAGCUUUCAUCUCUAACAAACGUGUUGGAUUUGUCAGAAAACUCAUUGAGUGGAAGCAUACCAAAAGAAGUGGCCAAUUUAAAAAAUCUGAAUUCAUUGUACAUAUCUGAUAAUCAUCUCUCAGGUGUCAUUCCUGAAAGCUUUGGAGAAUGCAUAAUGUUGGAACAAAUCUAUUUGCAAGGGAAUUCCUUACAAGGAAGCAUACCAUCCUCUUUGGCAUCACUCAAAGGACUUGAACAGUUAGACCUUUCACGAAACCAAUUAUCUGGAUCAAUACCUAAGAUUCUGCAGACAAUUUCUUUCUUAGAAUACUUGAAUGUGUCAUUUAACAUGUUGAAUGGUGAGGUUCCAACUGAAGGUGUCUUCCGAAAUGCAAGUGGGGUAGUGAUUUCUGGAAAUAGUGGCCUCUGUGGAGGUAUUUCAAAACUACAUCUACCAUCAUGCCCUGUCAAAGGUAAGAAACUUGUAAAACACAAGUUCAAAUUGAUGAUAGUGUCAGUGAUAGUGAGUGUGGUUGUCAUUUUUCUCAUGCUACUUAUUCUAACUAUCUAUUGGAUGAGGAAAAAGACUAAAAAAGCUUCUUUGGAUUCACCAACAAUAAACCUGCUAGCUAAAGUUUCAUACCAGAGCUUAUACAAUGCAACUGAUGGAUUCUCAGUUACAAAUUUGAUAGGGUGUGGGAUUUCUAGUUCUGUCUAUAGAGGAACUCUUGAGUUAGAAGAUAAAGUUGUCGCCAUAAAGGUUCUAAACCUUAAACAAAAGGGAUCUCAAAAGAGUUUCCUUGUUGAAUGCAAUGCACUGAGAAGUAUUAGACAUAGAAAUCUGGUUCAGAUUUUGACGUGUUGUUCUGGCACAGAUUACAAAGGUCAGGAAUUUAAAGCUUUAAUUUUUGAGUACAUGAGAAAUGGAAGCUUGGAGCAAUGGCUACACCCAAUGUCACUAAAUGAAGAACAUCCAAGAUUAUUGAGUCUUGAUCAAAGAUUAAAUAUCAUCAUUGAUGUAGCCACUGCCUUAAAUUAUCUUCACCAUGAUUGUGAGCCAACAAUCAUUCACUGUGAUUUGAAGCCAAGUAAUGUCCUUCUUGAUGAUGAUAUGAUUGCUCAUGUUACAGAUUUUGGCAUAGCAAGAUUUCUCUCAGAUACCGAAGACUCCACUUCUUUGAAAACAAGUACAAUUGGAAUCAAGGGUACUAUUGGCUAUGCUCCUCCAGAGUAUGGAAUGAGUUCUGAGGUAUCAACUUUGGGUGACAUGUAUAGCUUUGGAAUUCUGGUGUUGGAGAUUCUGACAGGAAAAAGACCUACAGAUAAAAUGUUUGAAGAUGGUCUAAAUCUUCAUAACUUUGUUUCAAUUUCAUUUCCUAGUAAUCUUUUGCAAAUUUUGGAUCCACGACUUAUUCAAACAUAUGAAGCAACAACAUUAGAUGGAAAUAAUUGGAAUCUUAAUCAAAAUGUCGAGAAAUGCAUAGUUUCACUUUUUAUGAUUGGACUUGCUUGUUCUGAGGAGCCACCAAAAGAAAGAAUGAAUGUGGUUGAUCUUACCAAGGAGCUUAGUCGAAUCAAAAGGGUCUUUUCUGCUGGUGAGUAA